GGGCGCUCCUAGCCAAUGAACGUUCAGGAAAGCGGCGAUUGGUCCCAGUUCUUACUCCCGCUAGCCGCCGGCUUGGAGCGGAGCUGCGGUCUCUGUCGCGGUCUAACCCAGUCAAAAGUGCAAUCGUAUGUGUGCGUACUCAGAAGUCUCACUGUGUGUGGUAGGGCUUAUUUGCUAAGGAGUCCUAGACUCAGAUUGAACAUGCCUGUGUUGUGGAUAAUGCGCCAAGCUUCCCGAAUAGGGUCUCCAGUAUGCUUAAGUCUUACCCGACAUCUCAGCAACACAACCCCAAGAGCUUCCUACAAAUAUGUAAAUCUAAGAGAGGAGCCGACAGACAUGAAAUCCAUUACUGACAAGGCUGCACAGACCGUCCUGUGGACAGAACUUAUCCGAGGCUUGGCUAUGACCAUGAGCUACCUCUUUAGGGAACCUGCCACCAUCAACUAUCCCUUUGAGAAGGGUCCCCUGAGUCCCCGCUUCCGUGGGGAGCAUGCCUUACGCAGAUAUCCAUCUGGAGAGGAGAGGUGCAUUGCCUGUAAGCUUUGUGAGGCUGUUUGCCCUGCUCAGGCAAUCACCAUUGAGGCAGAGCCCCGUGCUGAUGGCAGCCGCAGGACCACUCGCUAUGACAUUGACAUGACCAAGUGCAUCUACUGCGGAUUCUGCCAAGAAGCUUGUCCAGUUGACGCCAUUGUGGAGGGGCCCAACUUUGAGUUCUCCACGGAAACACAUGAAGAGCUUCUGUACAACAAGGAGAAGCUGCUCAACAAUGGUGACAAGUGGGAAGCUGAGAUUGCUGCUAACAUACAAGCUGACUACUUGUACCGGUGAUGGAGCACUUACUACAACCCUCACACAUCCUCACCAGCCGAAGCCAAGUCUGCAAUAAAGGGCAUGCACUCAUUGUUUGUCUCCCUGUGUCUUGAGAAUGAGGAAGACAUUGUAGGCAAACUUUUUGAAGAUAAUGUAGAAUGCAGAGUCCUACUUAGAGAGGAAAGGAUGAGGGGGCACAUGAUCCAUCUUUUCUUUUAAUGUAGGAGUUUUUAUUGCUCUAAGGAGGGAAGUUUAAGAGGCAGUGUAAGGGUGUUGGUCUGGGAACAGUUGAUGGAUAAGGUGAGAGAAAGGAGAACCCAGAUCUGUUUCGUGGACCUUUUUUGUUGUUGGAAAGAUUAUUUACUCUUAUAUUUUAGGUAGUGGCCUCAAACUUUUUGGACAGGUGUGUAUAUUUGGAAUUUUGGGUGUGUGUCAUGGGUGGAAUCACAAAAUGGCUUUUAUGCUGGGCAUGGCUCCCAUUUCUGGUAGGGGCUCCAAACACACACUCCUCAGACUCGGUGAACAUGCAUGCACACAAACCACACAUAGUUCCCAUCUGCACAGAUUCCUGUCCUUUCUCUCCACCUUCCUGCCACCAGUUGGCUUACCUGAGCUUCUUCAUUUCUCAACUCUCACCAGCUUACCAUACAGCAGCAGUGACGGGUCUCCUUUUUUUUUUUUACAAAGCAAACAAGAGUGUGCUGCAAAGUACUGGCCUCCAGCUUGCACUUAUCUUCAUCUUGUGGGAAUGCACUUGGGCCCAUGUGAAGCAGUGUGGGAAGAUGGCAGCAGCUAGAGGCCAGCACUUCACUUUUACAGUAAGCCCUGAGAACCACUGCAUUCAGAACAUUGUGGAAUCAAUUCAGAUAUUCUGGAAAACUUGUUAAGGGUUCCAUCAAGGUUAGAAACAUGAUGCAGGCAGAAAGCUACCUUUCUCCAAUGUGGGCUAAGCAAGAACCUUCCCCACUGACAGAAUACCUUUCCUCAUAAAGUAUGUUUUCUCACAUGAGAGAGAAUUUUAAAGAGGUAACUUAGCUCCCUCCACCUAGGUGCAUUCAGUUUGGUGCAGUUGUGGGAAUCCUAUACUGCAUGCUUUUUUCCAGAAUAUUUGAAUUGAUUCUGAAUAGAGUUGAAAAAGCUGUUUUUGUACUAAGAUAGCUACUGCUCAAAGCAUUCUUAUCUCUCUAUUCUGCAGUGAAAGCUUUGUCAGUACUUGCUUGUUUAAGAUAUGCCUGAGUGGAUAAAGGAGGAACAUGCACUCAACUCGUAAAAGUCUUGCUUUGAAAAGCGGGCACAACCUUCAGCUGUUUAGCUGCUUAUUGUCCAGAAGAGGGAGAAUGCUUAUCUGCCUCUUGCAUUCUGUUCAGUCCUAGAAACCCUGUUCUCCAUGCAGAAAGAAUAGUUUUCUUUUGUUCACAUUGGUGUGCACCACUACUGGUCUAUACCAUACUUAUGGGAGUUCCAGCAGGCCUCUCGGGACUUGGGUUGCAUUAUCUCUGAACUCUGAUAAUUUAAGCAGCCUUGAAAAACAAAAAUAUUCUUUCUCUCCCACCCCCAUCCUCUCUUAAGGAUGGAGCCAAGUUCUUCUGCUGUUGGAACAUGAUCUGUGUUGCACAUUUUUGAAUUCCUGUUCUGAUGCAGUGUUGUCACGUAGCGUUUAUUUCUGCUGUGACAGAGCACCCACCCUAAAUUCUGGAAGCUCAGGGUUGUGUUAGGAUUCACUGGCCCUGUGGAACAGUAGUCUGUAUACCGUAUUUUUCCGUGUAUAAGACUAGGCCCCCCCCAAAAAAAUAAUGUCCAAAAUUAGGGGGCAUCUUAUACUCUGGGCCAUCUCCCCCCAUUCUGUAAUUUUCUUCUACCAACAGCAUCUUUAAAACUAUCAGCACUUAGAAAACAAAGAUAUGACUUAUGAGUAGGAAUGGGGAAGGUUGGAAUAAAGCAGUACUGGUGGAAAGAAAAAAAAUCCCUGCUUACAAACAUUGUAAGCAUAUUGAUAACAAUUUACUAUUGAUAAGCAUUUCAUCUCAAAAGUACACUGAGAUCUGCAUACAAUUGUUUAUCACAGUGCUGGCUCCUCCUGAUGCACUGAUCAUAGCCAGGAGAACAAUAGCUACCUAUCUGCAUACUACUGUUUCAAUCAGUUCUAUCCAAUAAGGUCUGCAUGACCUGCUAGUUCAGUCUGUAGUAACCUGCUUAAGAUUCUUCCUAAAUGCUUUCUCUUCUCAUUAAUAUACACACCAUCUCCUGUACAGGACAGAAAGCUUGAAACACUGGACAGUUGAAGGGUGCCACUAUGAGGCUGGGGGAGGGAGGAGACUGAAUGCUGGGAGUGGGAAGUUAGUUCCCCCCACAUUCCAGGCAGGAAAAGGUAGAUAGCAGUGUAUAAAAUUGUGGUUGUGUACCUCCAAUAAGCAUGAGAAGCUAUCUGAUUAGUGGCAAACAUUUCCUAUACUGUAUUUCCACUGAUACAUUUUUAGUGAGGAUGAAUCAGUAUGUAUAACCAAACCUGAAAUAGUAUUUGAGACAUGUCAUGGGAGAAAAGGAACUAAGAGGGAGUCAAAUGCUUUUCCAUUGGAGAAAAUGAAACUUGUAAACCGGGCAGCUGGUGAUGAGUAAGUCCUCAAGCAAGCUGUCAUUUCCACGUGUAGCUUUUCAAAUCAAAAUGACCAUAUAAUCUCUUAACAUAGUGUGAAUUGUAUUUAGAGCAAAGUUCAGUUGAACUACCUUGGUUUGAACAUGUAUAUGUCAUUGUAUAAAGGAGGAUAAAGGAUUGUCAUGAUGGAA